CUCCACCCUGGCGCACACACUCCACACUCACACAGAUAGACUGCAAAUCCGCUGCCUCCUUCCCUCCCCAACCCUGCUUCUCUCAGCAUUUCUUUCCCCGCCUCCCUCUCCUAUUCAAAUUUUCCAGCCCACAGCUGAAACUGACUUCCGCAAUCCUGAUGGAAUAAAUCCAGCACCCCUAGUCAUCCGCCCACAUAGCCACACUCCCCAGCGAACGGAGCCCAGAGUACAGAUCCCUAUCAGAAGGAUGUGGGGGCUCGAGGUUCUUCUGCUGCUGCCCAUGGCAAGCUUUGCUCUAUAUCCUGAGGAGAUACUGGACACCCAAUGGGAGCUAUGGAAGAAGACCUACGGGAAGCAGUAUAACAGCAAGGUGGAUGAAAUCUCUCGGCGUUUAAUUUGGGAAAAAAACUUGAAGCAUAUUUCCAUCCAUAAUCUUGAGGCCUCUCUUGGUGUCCAUACAUAUGAACUGGCCAUGAACCACUUGGGGGACAUGACCAGUGAAGAGGUGGUUCAGAAGAUGACCGGACUCAAAGUACCCCCCUCUCAUUCCCACAGUAAUGAUACCUUCUAUAUCCCAGACUGGGAAAGCAGAGCUCCAGACUCCAUUGACUAUCGAAAGAAAGGAUAUGUUACUCCUGUCAAGAACCAGGGUCAGUGUGGUUCCUGUUGGGCUUUUAGCUCUGUGGGUGCCCUGGAGGGCCAACUCAAGAAGAAAACUGGCAAACUCUUAAAUCUGAGUCCGCAGAACCUGGUGGACUGUGUUUCUGAGAAUGAUGGCUGCGGAGGGGGCUACAUGACCAAUGCCUUCCAGUAUGUGCAGAAGAACCGGGGCAUUGACUCUGAAGAUGCCUACCCAUAUGUGGGACAGGAUGAAAGUUGUAUGUACAACCCAACAGGCAAGGCUGCUAAGUGCAGAGGGUACAGAGAGAUCCCUGUGGGGAAUGAGAAGGCCCUGAAGAGGGCAGUGGCCCGAGUGGGACCCGUCUCUGUGGCCAUCGAUGCAAGCCUGACCUCCUUUCAGUUUUACAGCAAAGGUGUGUACUAUGAUGAAAACUGUAAUAGCGAUAAUCUGAACCAUGCGGUGUUGGCAGUGGGCUAUGGCAUCCAGAAAGGAAACAAGCACUGGAUCAUUAAAAACAGCUGGGGAGAAAACUGGGGAAACAAAGGCUAUAUCCUCAUGGCUCGGAAUAAGAACAACGCUUGUGGCAUUGCCAACCUGGCCAGCUUCCCCAAGAUGUGACUUCAGCCAGCCAACCUCAUCCUGCUUCUCCAUUCCUUCCACGAUGGUGCGACAUACUAAUGUACUUUGCAAGGGAGUCGGUGUGCUUUUCUUGAAGCAGAUGUAGCAAUGUAGAGAUUGUCCAUUCAAUUUCCCCACUUGUGCUUCAAGUGACACCCCUACUACUUUCCUUCUCUCCACCCAAGGCCUUUAUUUUUCACUGUGGCCGCAGUAGGAAUUUCCCUAACAGGUGUGCAUUCUUAGGCUAGGAGGUGUGACACAGCCUGUGGACUGUUGUCCUGUGGACUAUUGUCCUGCGGACUGUUGUCCUGGGGGCUGAUGCUGUGCAAAAUCAGAGGCUAGAGAUCUUCAGGUAGAUUCUCAUUCACAGUGACUAGUUAGCUUUAACCACCUAGAGGAAUAAGGUGACCUGACCUCUCAGUCUCCAAGUUCACUUCUUCUAUAUCCUGAAGAUAGAAAUUUCUAUGUUUUCCAUCCCAGUUCAUAAAUCUGUUCAUAGAUCUUUGGUACAAGUUUAUUUGAUACAAGAAAUGUGUUUUCUUUUUCCUUCUUUGCAUUUUUAAAGUAAACCAAGUAUUUAUCUCUUGUCUCUAAUUUAAUAAAUACCUAUUUAGUAAACA